AUGGCGCCCAAGAAGAACGCCAACAAGGCCGCUGCCGCCGCCGAGCCCGCCCCGGCUCCCCCCUCGGCGCCCGCUGGACCGACCGCCGCCGCCGCGAUCCCGGGCACCAUGACCUCCCAGCCCAAGGCCGUCCCCAGCACCAAGAUCUCGAGCGGCGGCGCCCAGAACUGGGACAAGGUCCUCGCCAACAUCUACAACCACUACGUCAACAACACCCCGCAGCGCACCAAGCUCAUCGACGUCUUCAUGGUCUUCCUCGUCGCCGUCGGCGCCCUGCAGUUCCUGUACUGCGUCCUCGCUGGCAACUACCCCUUCAAUGCUUUCCUCUCCGGCUUCUCUGCCACCGUUGGACAAUUCGUCCUCACUGCUUCCCUUCGUAUCCAGACCACCGAGGCCAACAAGGCCGACUUCCCCUCUGUAUCACCCGAGAGAGCAUUCGCCGAUUACGUCGCAUGCAGCUUGAUCCUCCACUUCUUCUGCGUCAACUUCAUAAACUAA